UCUAACUGUCAUCGUUAUUUUGUUUAUAGAAAUCACCACACCGGCGAAAUCGGACUAAAUUCCAGUUAAUUUCAAUUUCGUUUCUACUUAAGAAUUCGCAAUGUUUACCCGAUAUAGCACUCGAAUCUUCACCAACAAUACUGUGCUCCGACGGCUGUAUUGCAGUGACCCCGGUCGCAUCGAAAAAACGGUCAAUAGCGUAACGUUGCUGGGCCGCGUCGGAGCCGAUCCGCAGAAGCGUGGCAACGAUGCCCAUCCCGUGGUUACAUUCUCCCUAGCGACACACUCCAACUAUCGGUACGAAUCCGGCGACUGGAUGCAGAAAACCGAUUGGCACCGGGUGGUGGUCUUCAAACCGGCCCUGAGGGAUGCCGUCAUGAGCUACCUCCGGAAGGGCCAACGGACAAUGAUCAGCGGGAAGAUUACCUACGGCGAGAUUACGGAUCAGGAGGGCAAACAGCGACCUACCACCAGCAUCAUUGCGGAUGAUGUAAUCUUCCUGCAGAACCAGAAUCAGUAGCAUUUGUUAUGUUUCCAUGAAGAGUAGUGCUUGUUUGCGUAUGAGUCAUUAUAGUUUCAUUUACCAAUACGAUUAUCUCGCCUUUAGCAUCAGGCUGUAUUUAGAGAAACUUUUUUUUUUCCAAAGAAUUGCAUUGAAUUUAAAACCAUAUUUAUCAUGAACCAGAUAAAUACAAAUCACGUAGUAUAGUAGAAAAGUAUCAAUCAACAUGAAUAAAACCCUGAAUUAAUUCAUACAGGGCGAAAA